CCCCGCCGCGCCGCGCUAGGCUCCGCAAGAGAACGCCAAAGGCGAGCGGGCGGCGGCGGCGGUGCGCGGGGAGGGCUGCGCGGGUUGCCGUCCGCAGCCGCUUCUCGGCCAUCCCCUCGCCGUCCGUGGGGCGUUGUACGUUUCCUUCCGGGACCAAAGCCGCUCGCCGUAGCGAGCAGCCGAGUCCGCGUCCCGCCUCAGCGCCCGGAGGACAUGCUGGAGAAAGAAUGAGCCAGAGGGACACGCUGGUGCAUCUGUUUGCUGGGGGAUGUGGUGGCACAGUGGGAGCAGUUCUGACAUGUCCACUGGAAGUUGUCAAAACACGGCUGCAGUCGUCUUCUGUGACACUUUAUAUCUCUGAAGUUCAACUGAACACCAUGGCUGGAGCCAGUGUUAACCGAAUAGUAUCUCCUGGACCCCUCCAUUGCCUAAAGGUGAUCUUGGAAAAAGAAGGACCCCGUUCCUUGUUCAGAGGAUUAGGCCCCAAUAUAGUGGGGGUGGCCCCUUCCAGAGCACUAUACUUUGCUGCUUACUCCAACUGCAAAGAAAAAUUGAAUGGUAUAUUUGAUCCUGAUUCUACCCAGGUUCACAUGAUUUCAGCUGCAAUGGCAGGUUUUACUGCAAUCACUGCAACCAACCCCAUUUGGCUUAUAAAGACUCGGUUACAGCUUGAUGCAAGGAACCGUGGGGAAAAGCAAAUGGGUGCUUUUGAAUGUAUUCGUAAAGUGUAUCAGACAGAUGGACUUAAAGGAUUUUAUAGGGGCAUGUCUGCUUCCUAUGCUGGCAUAUCAGAGACUGUUAUCCAUUUCGUUAUCUAUGAAAGUAUAAAACAAAAACUCCUGGAAUGUAAGACUGCUUCCAUGAUGGAAAGUGGUGAAGAGUCUGUGAAAGAAGCCUCAGAUUUUGUGGGAAUGAUGCUUGCUGCUGCCACCUCAAAAACAUGUGCCACAACUAUAGCGUAUCCACAUGAAGUUGUAAGAACAAGAUUACGUGAAGAAGGAACAAAAUAUAGAUCCUUUUUUCAGACACUGUCUUUGGUGGUUCAAGAAGAAGGUUAUGGGUCACUUUACCGUGGUCUAACAACUCAUUUGGUGAGACAGAUUCCAAACACAGCCAUUAUGAUGGCCACCUAUGAAUUAGUGGUUUACCUGCUCAAUGGAUAGCAGCAUAGGCUGCCACACUGCAAAAGAGGGAAGACCAAAAGAUUACAGUGGAUCAUGGAUUAUUGGAGCCAGCAUAGUGGACAGAAAGAAUAGUAGUUUGGGAACAUGUACCAUAACUAUGCCUAAGUGGAAGUUUGGUUAAGAUAGACACACCACAUUACUUAGUCUUUCUGUAAUGUGGAAAACCUCAGCCACCCUAAAGGAAAUGCAUUUGGAAACACUUCUUUGUUAAAGUUGCCAUUUUCUCUACCAUGUUCACCAGAUGUAGUUGUGUUUUAUUGACCUAUGACAUUGAGACAAGUGUUUAUUCCAUGAGCAUUUUUCCAGCGUUCUAAACAAAGCCAUCCUUAAAUAUAUACUGUACUGUAACUAUCCAAAGGUAGUAUUGACAUAAUAUCUAGCGUCUGACUUUCAAUUCUUGUAAUACUGUAAGAUAAUAGUUGGUAGGUCCUCAGUAUUCCCAUUUUGCUCAGAUGACUUGGCACAAUAUUUUAAUUUAAUUAUUUGGCACCAGUAAUCAUUAUUUUUGACAACCAAGGAACUAUAGUCUAAAUAUCUUGUAUGUUAAAAUGUUUUGAGUCUCUUCAGCUAGCAAGUGCUUAAUGUUUAGCAUAAUGUGGACUUUAAAUUGUACCAUGUAAAACUGACAAAAUACUUGGCAGAUUAUAACGUAACCAAUAAAUAUUGAUUCUUGACCAUUUCAGUGACUUAAACAUGCCCUUGUAUCUUCUCUAAUGUUAUGGAACGUGAAUGAAUGUAUUUGUCUUUUCAGUAACUUAACUAGUUUUGAACAUGAAUCAUCACCUAUCUAUCAUACGUAUAUAUCAUUUACUUAAAGUAGAAAAACUUAACUGCUUCUGAAUUUUUCUGUUUAUGUCACACUUAAGAAUUUGGACCUGAAUUUAUUUCCAGGUCAGUAUAGAUUACACUUACUUGGUAGAGAAAAUGAUAAUUUUCAGCUUGACCCUUACAAGUUUUUGAAAGUGAUAUUACUAUCUGGUACAUAAUAAGUAUUAUGGAAGAGGGGCCCUCUUUUCUGAUUCAGGAAGCAGUAUUCUUAAUUGACUUACAAAUGAACAAACUGAUUUGACAAAUUUAUUCUGACCUAGUUUCCUGAGUGGUAUAUCAUAGAAAGAUUCAAGUUCAUUUGGUUUAAAUGUGCUAAUAGGAUAUAGUUUUUAGAUUUUGCUGUCAAGUCAUCUAUACUUUUUAGUACCUUAAAUGUAUCAUAUGUAUGGCCUUUAUGAAGAUGUCUGCUAUAUACUAUUAGAGACUUCGCCUAUGGAUACUGCUGUCUUGGUGUGAGAUUUGUACAUUUAAACUCCAGUAUGGUAUUCAUUUCAGUAUACCUUAACUUGAUAUUUUGUGCAAUGGCUUUAUUUUAAGACUGACUUUUUGUGAAUGCACUUUGUGGCCUUUUUUGAGGGUAAGAGAGUUGGGAGAGAAUUUCAUGUUAAGAUUUUUAAAAAAUAACUGUUCAUGUGUUAGGCAGAAACGGUAUGUAUAACAUUUUUCAGGAUUCUGCUUUUGGUUUUUUUUUUUUGAAGCUGUUAAAAUGUGUUAAAUUUCUGUGUACACUGUAGUGCCCCAGUGUUAUGGAAAAGCUGCAUAAUUUUUCAGAACAUUAUGGAAAAGCACUGCAAGCUUUCUCUGCUGUCACCAAUGAGCAUAAUACCCUCUUAAAUUCCCUCACGUUGAUUUUCUUGUAAUUAACAAUAACUGGAUGUUUUUGAGGUGCUCUGUUGGAAUUGAAAAUAUUCCAAUAUAUUUGGAGACCAAAGGCAAACUUAGUCAUUACCUUUGGAAUUAUUAUUACUAUCUUUUAUGAUAAAUUUCAGCUUUGAGUUUAUUAUGAGGGCAUAACCAAAAAACAAAACAAAACCUUCCCAAAACGGGUUUCUUAACUUCAGUCUGUAGAGGUCGUAAUCUGUAAUGUUUGCCUUUACAGGUGCCAUUUAUACUGCCUAAUACAGUGCCAUUUGCCUUGUGAAGAUCCAUAAAUACUAAUCAUAUUGAAUGUAGGAUGCAUUCUCCCCAUUCUUAACUGAUCUCAAUGCCCCACAAAUGGUGAAGAAUGAAUGAUACAACAACCAACAGUUAAGGAACAUCUUACUUGGUUUUAGCAAAUUCAUGACAAGUGUCCUUCUGUUUGUAUUUAACAAGUAAAGCUUACAUUGACCUUUAGUGCACUAUAUUCAGCUUUUUUCAGUAUUAUAUAUGUACUGGAAAGAAAAGAGAGUUUUAGAUUUUAUUUGUGCAACAGCUGCAAAGGAGCAGUGAAGUCUGUUCUACUGUUUUUUCCCCCUGAACACAAUCUGCCAUAGUUUACAACUGGACAGCUAUAUAUAAAAGUUACAUGUAGAGUUUGUCUCUCAAAUACUUCUUUGAAGAUUUAAAAAACAUUGAUUCUGUAUAAGAAGAAAAUAUUCAAAACUAUUGGACUUUUAAAAAACUAUAGGUCAUAUCAGUUUGCUAUCAGGUAACUUUAAAAAUUUCUGACACAGAGGUAGUCACACUCCAGAUUGUUAUAGUUUCCUCAGAAAAUUGAACUGAACUCACCAAGAUUCAAGCAGUAGAUACUGAAAGCACACCCUCUUAGAACACAUAGAACUUUUCUGCACGUAACACUCAGAAAUGGUUCCAGGUCUGAGGAUUGCCAACCACGUGAUUGUGCUGCACAGUGCUUUUAAUUCCAGAGGGAAAACUACUACUAAACCUCGCUCAUGAUUCCCACUGUGUAAGUUCAUAGAACCAGUUUUAAGGUGAGGCCCAAAUAGAUUUGUAUCUCUGAAACCAUGAUAGAACCUCGUGUUUCCUAAAACUUAGUACCCACUGUGGACAUUAGGACCAACAGAGUUUGGCUUGUUCAUAGUAACCAAUGUUUACUCUUUUACUGGAGUAUAAACAUUUUGACGUUUGUAGAUACGUUCUAAAUCACAGAAAAAGUAUCAGUUUGAAUUUGAAGGAGUUAAGCGCUAGAAAUCAAUCUAUCCCUUCCUUUGUAGAAUUCUUCAUGCCUAAUUUCUUUUGUUGUUUACUCUUCUGCCCAAACUUAAUGUUGUAAGGACCCCUGUGGGUCUGAUUAAACAGCCACCUUUUUCUCCUGUAGUAUUGAUUGUGACUUUAACAUUCCUAAGAUUAUACUUACUUCUUAAUGAUUUAAAUUGAAAAAAAUUUUAAUAUAUAAAGUACAAUGUGCUUUCUGUCCAUUCAGAUCCUUUCUCCAUCAUGUUUGUAUUUCCCAUGAAUCUACCCAUGAAUUUUUUUGCUACUCUUAACUGAAGCUUCUAUUUUGUUUUUAUGUUAAUAAACUUCGAAUGUGUGCCCUAGUAUAUGUGAACAACUAUGUAAGUUAUACCUAAAUAAUGAACUUCAAAAGAGUUAAUAACUUUUGGCCAUUCAUGUGAGUUUUGCUAUUGCAUUUAUGUAAAUAACUAUAAAUUAUGUGCAUUUAUUCUGUAUUUAUGUUAUCUAGCUGACUUUUACUUGAACUGUUAAAAUUCAAAAAAUUAAAAUAAGCUUAUGAAAUUAUGGUAA